AAAAUCAGCCACUGAAACCAUUGAACAUUAUUCAUUAAUCGUUUCAUCAUCAUUUUGUUUGUGCGUGUCUAUGUAUGCGAGUGUUGGAUUAAUCGAUCAAUUAACAAUCAAUGAUCAUCAUCAUUGAUUUGAUUUGAAAAUUUUUUUUUUCUUGUUCUCUCUGUGUGUGCGUAUGAUUUUAUUUCAACAACAAUCUCUGCGUGUGUUUUAUGUUUUCGCGUAUUUUUUGCUGCCAAUUUUUGUGUAUGGAUGUAAUUCGAUCAAUCGAUCAAUAAUCGUCAUCAUCAUCCUCAUCUUCUGAAUAUUAUUCAAAUUUGUUUUUUCAUUUGCUUAUAUUAUUAACAAAUCAAUUAAUUUAAAAAUCAUGGAUCCCCAACUGCAACAACCAACAGGAACGGCAGGUAUGAUGAACGUGCCACCAUACAAUACACGUGUAAUUAAAGAACCACGUGGUAUGAUUCGCAUUAUUCAAUUGGUAUUUGCUAUAUUAGCAUUUAGCAUAACAACAUCAUUCGAUACCGAAACAUCAUUCACAAUAUCUUGUUAUCAAAGUAAAGCGGCAACAAAUCAAGUAAGAUAUCAACGAAAAUCAACGUAUCAAGUAGAAUAUCCAUUUGAUAUGAGUCAAACGAAAUUGACAUAUUUAGAAUCCUGUAAUGAAAAUGGUGAUGAAAUGAAAGAUAAAAUGUUUGAUAUUGACUUUUCAUCAUCGGCACAAUUUUUCGUUGCAACCGGUAUUCUUUCAUUUGCAUACACAAUAUGUUGUCUAUAUGGUUAUAUUAAAUUAUGGCAUCUUUAUGAAAAUAAUCCAUUCUUUCCUGUUGUCGAUUUGGUUAUAACGGCAAUAUUCACCAUAUUCUGGUUAGCUGGUGCAUCAGCAUGGGCUGCUAAUGUAUCGGAUCUUAAACAUUAUACUGGGCCACGUUAUUUAAUUGAACAAUUACCACAUUGUAAUCAAACUAUACAGGAUAUUGAAUAUGAUUGUUUCUCUGAAUCUCCGGGUAAAUGGUCGUCAUUAUAUAUUUCAUUGAUAUUUGGCUUUGCCAAUCUAUUCAUAUGGGGAGCAUCUAUUUGGUUUGUAUUUAAAGAGACACAUUUUCAUCAACGUACCAUGCAACCAAUGAUGAUGGGUAGUGGUGGUGCUGGUGGUGUUCAUGGUGGUAUGCCACCAAUGAUGAGUGCUGGCGGUGGUGGUGGUAGUAUGAUGACACAACCGAUUGGAACAAAUCAACAACAACAAGCCUAUCCAAACCUUGGUGAUCAAACAACAAUUGGACAAAUACCAACAGGGAAUCAAUUUAGUACAAGUGGAUAUUGAUGAUAACAAUAACAACAGCAAAAUAAACGCCAAGCAUUUGUGAAUCAUCGUGACAGAAAAAAAAUGAACAAAUCAACGUCUUUUAAAAAUUCAAAUUCAUCUGGAUCAACAUUGUUAUAUGAUCAU